AUGGAUCCGAACGCAGAGGGCGGCCCGCCCAAGGCCGAGAUCGAGAUCGCCGAGGUCGAGAGCGACGCGCCCCCUGCUCCCCCCAAGGCGGACAUUGAGAUCAAGGCCGAGCAGCCCGCCCAGGCCCAGCCUUCCCCCGAGGUCUCGGACGAGGAGAAGAAGAGGAUUGAGAGGCUGGAGCGGAAGAUGCGAAAGCAGGAGAGGAAGGAGAGAAGGGAGAGGAAGGAGGCGAGGGCGCAGAAGAGACAGGAGAAGCAGGAGAGAAGGGAGAGGAGGGAACGGGAGAAGCAGGAGGCUGCCCAGGCUGCUCAGGCUGCUCAGACUGCUGAGUCUGCUGCUCAACCUGCCGCCGAGUCUGCUCCGGAGGUCACUCAGCCGGAGACUCAGGCGGCGCCCGCUCAACCCAAGCCUGACCCCGAAGUCCAGGCCGCCAUCAAGAUCCAGCAGUUCCACGAGGAGGAGUUCCAGCGCCGCUUGAGGGGAGAGUACCAGGCGCAGCAGCUGCGAACUGGCCAGGUGCCUCUCCGCUUGACGUCGAUCCGCCUCAGCCCUCCCCCGCCAACGACGCGCGGUGACUUCCUCUCCGGCCUGCUUGCGCCUUUCCUCUCCGAGGCCCACCCCUGGCUCAAGUGGCUGCACCCCGUCCCGCCCCCGCCCACCAACCUGCGCGAGAUCCUGCAGACGACAAAGGCACUCGUGCAGCACGUCGACGACCUGGGCGUGUUCGACAUGGACCGUGUCGGCAUCCGUCUCGAGCCUGCGCCGAGCGGAGACCCAGAUGAGGUCGAGUUGCUCCUGGCUCUGAGGGAGCGCGGAAGGUUCUUCCUCAAGGCUGGCACUGAGUUUGGCGGAAACGAGGGUGGUGCCAAUAUCACGGGCAGGAUACGCAAUGUCCUCGGUGGAGGCGAGACGCUCGAGGCUAACGCGGCGCUGGGUACCAAGACGAAGAGCGCGUAUCAGGCGACUCUCUCGACUCCCGUCUUCUCCUCUCCCUAUCUCUCCGCCUCGCUCAGCGGUUUCAGCCUGGACCGCGACAACACCGCUUUCGCCUCUCACCGCGAGCUGCAGCAGGGUGGUCGUGUCAAGCUCUCUGGUCUUACGCCGCUCGGCGCCCACGAGCUCGCGUACGAAUACGUCCAGCGUGACAUCUCGCACCUCUCGCCCAAGGCAUCCGUCUCUGCCCUGGGUCUCGGUACCUCUGGCCGUCUGCUCAAGCUGACCAACGAAUACGCCGGUCUCCCUGGCUCCUCGGAGCUCGCGCACUUCAUCAAGUCGACAGGUGUUGCGCAGGCGUCGCGGCCCCUGUACGAGGGUUCUGAUAUUCUCGUGUCCGUGUCCGGCUUCGGAUCCAUUCUGUACCCGCUCUGGGCGCCAGGCGGCUUCGACGAGCCUCGCAGGACGUACCUUGCUGACAGGACUUAUCUUGGCGGUCCCAACUCGGUGCGCGGCUGGAAGGUCGGAGGCUUGGGCCUCAGCGACAAGCUCGACUCGCUUGGCGGAGACCUCGCUUACGCUCUCGGCAUCAGCGCCUUCCUCCCCAUCCCCGGCAAGGAGCACUGGCCCCUCAAGAUUCACACGUUCCUUAACGCUGGCAAGGUGUCCCGGUAUGAGCAGCAGCAUGCAGAGCAGGCUUCAGUGAUCAGUGAUCGAACUCUGACACCGUCCAGCCGCCCCGUUCUGGUCCCGUUGCCACUCCGGUGCCCCGCCAUCGUCAUCCCCCGUCCGUCCUCCCACAAGUUCGCCCACACCGAUCACCUUCCCCCCUUCCUUUCCUGUCUUCCCAUCAUUUCUGACCUCAGCAACAGCAUGGCCGACCCCGCAGCCGACGCCAGAGCCCGGCGCCUCGCCGCGAUCGAGGCCCGCCUGAACCCGCCGAAGGAGGAUGACGGUGCUGCUGCCGCCGCAGGCAGUUCAGGCUCGAACACCCCUGGCCGCGAGCCGCCGCGCAACAUGCCUAAACCGUGGACGCGGCCGAGCGAGCGCGAGCAGAACGAGAAGAAGCGCGAGCUCACGAGGUUACUGAACCGUACUAUCGUUCGGGACUCGGGGUACAGGCAGGCGGCGGAGUGUGUCGAGACUCUCGUCAAGAUUGCGACGAACAUCCAGACCAACGAGGACCCGAAGUACCGCACGCUCAGGGCUGAGAACAGCCUGCUCAAGAACAAGGUGCUCGCUGUGCCUGGCGGGCGCGAUUAUAUGAUCCAGAUGGGCUUCCAUACAGAGAACAAGGACUUCACGCAAUUCUUCAUCCUUGAUCAGAGCGAGAAGCGGCUGUGGCAGCUUGGUCUGGCAGCUGACGUGCUGCGCGAGGCGCUCCCCGAGCUCCAGAAACGUGUUAGCGGCACGACCACAUCUACGGCGAAUGCAAAGGCGGAGGAGGAGCGCCGCGUCGCUGCGGCCAAGCGGCAGAUCGAGGCGGACCGUGAGCUCGUCAAGCAGCGCGUUGAGCGUGAGCGUAUCGUGCGCGAGGCGAGGGAAGCCGCCCGCGCCAAGGCAGAAGCGGAGCCGCAACCGCAGGAAGAACCUCACUUCCACGUCCGCGGACAGGGGCGUAAGCUCGACGGCUCUGCAUCUACUGAGGGCGUGGGAAGUCCCCAGGCGCGUUCUCGAUCGUCACAGGCGGCACAACAAGUCGGUCCUGAUGACGACACAGACAUGAUCCCUAGCGAUCACGAGGAGGACGAUGAGGAGGGGGAAGACGACGGGGAGGAGACGGACGAGGAGGAGCGCGAGUUCAGGCGCCAGGACGCGCAGAACCGUAUGGGCAUGUUCGGCAUGGCGAGCAACGCGCAUCACUGGGGAGGAGGGCAGAAGCUGGGCGAGUAG